AUGGACCAGGACCAAUACGGCCAGGGCUACUACUCCCGCCCUGUAGCCGGAAUGCCCUCGACAGCUACCACGGCCUCGGCCACCCCUAAUCGCCCCGGCACUCCCAACACAGAAAAUAGCCGCAACCCCUUUGGCGACGGCAUCGAGUCACAGGCUUCUCAGAGGGGCCCCGUCGGCACGAAUCCAUUCGGCACCCCCGCCGUCUCCCGUCCUGCCUCGAGCUUCGGCUCGUCCAGCGCCAUCGGCGCCCGUUUUGAUGAACGCUCUCAGCGCUACUUCCACUCGAGGCGCAUUCGCAAGGAAGACGUCGAGAAGCCUUGGUUGGACAAGUCCGACCCCAAGGAGAAAUGGGUCACCAUCAUCCCCAUCGUCGGCAUCUUCAUUGGCCUCGCCGUCUCGGGUUUCCUCGUCUGGGACGGUAUCCGCAGCGUCGUCAAGCACAAGUACUGCCCCGUGCUCAUGGAGGACUUUGCCUCGGGCAGCCUGGACUCCAACGUCUGGACUAAGGAGGUCGAGGUCGGCGGCUUCGGCAAUGGCGAGUUUCAGAUGACUACCGCCGACGACGAGAACGUCUUCAUCAAGGACGGCAACCUCUUCAUUCGUCCCACUCUCACAGACUCGGCCCUCAUUGAGAAGGACACCGUCAUUGACCUGCUCAAAGAUGGCACUUGCACCUCUGACCAGCCCUCGUCUUGCAUCGCUGCCACCAACACCACGGCCGGCAACUCGUCCAUUGUGCCACCCACCAGGUCCGGUCGCAUAAACACUAAGAAGGGUGCAACCAUCAAGUACGGUCGCGUCGAGGUCGUCGCCAAGCUGCCCAAGGGCGACUGGCUCUGGCCCGCCAUCUGGAUGAUGCCCGUCGAUAGCACCUACGGACCUUGGCCGCUGUCUGGCGAGAUUGACAUUCUCGAGUCCCGCGGCAACAACUGGACCUACAGCCAGGGAGGCAACAACAUCGCCUCGUCCGCUCUCCACUGGGGCCCCGACCAGGCAAACGACGCCUGGUGGCGCACCAACAACAAGCGUCAGGCCCUGCACACAACGUACGCCGACGGUUUUAACACUUUCGGUCUCGAAUGGUCCCAGAAGUACAUCUUCACCUAUAUCAACAGCCGGCUGCUCCAGGUUCUCUACACAAACUUCGAGGAGCCCAUGUGGCAGCGCGGCGACUUCCCCCAGACCAACUCCAACGGCUCCCGUCUCGAGGACGUCUGGAGCCAGACGGGCCGCGCCAACACGCCCUUUGACCAGCGUUUCUACCUCAUCAUCAAUGUCGCUGUCGGAGGCACCAACGGCUGGUUCGAGGACGGCAAGUCGGGCAAGCCUUGGGUUGGCACCAGCCCCAACGCCAAGAAGGACUUUUGGCAGGCCCGCGACCAGUGGCUUCCCACGUGGACGUCUCCCGAGCUCACUGUCUCCAAGGUCUCCAUGUGGCAGCAAUGCGACGGCAACGAAGAGUUGUAA